CUUCUACAAUGGAGGUUGUCGAUAUAGAAGGAAAACGCGGACGACGAGUGCCUGUAAUAAUAACACCUGAACUUAAAUCUGCCAUCGAUUUGUUAAUAAAAACAAGAUCUACAGUAAACAUUUCAAAAAAUAAUCCAUAUAUUUUUGCACCAGCUGAGAGCGAAAUAGGGCAUUUGCGAGGUCAUGAUUGUCUAAAAUCCAUGUGUAAUGAAGUAAACUUACAACAUCCAGAAUAUAUAACAGGAACCAAACUAAGAAAAUAUAUAGCCACUGUGUCGCAAAUUUUCAAUUUGGGUAAGAACGAAGCAGACUGGCUAGCAAGACACUUGGGACAUGACAUACGAGUUCAUCGUGAUUUUUAUCGGCUUCACGAGAACGCUGUAGAAGCAACAAAAAUAAGUGCCUGUUAAUCGCCAUCGAGCAUGGAGACGCUAACAAAUAUGCUGGCAAAAGUCUCAAUGAAAUAAAUAUAGAAGAUUUACCUUGUUUGGAAGAGGAAUCCGAAGAAGUGGCAUUACCAGCCGAUGCCGGCGAAGGGAUCAAUAACACUGACGACACAUCUAGUG